UUCCUUCAACACUCGCCUGUAGAUCCUCCUGACGGCGACCAAGGGAAGGUGUUGCGUGUCUGUCGCUUCUUUGUGUUUUUGUCCUUCUCCGCGAGGAAGAACAGCUUGGUUGCUUCAAGAACAGAGAAGGAAAUAUGGGUUUAAGAACAGCUUUGUGCCUCGUGUUCUUGGGCUUUUUCGCCGUGGAAGUCCGGGCUCAUUUUGGAAGCUGUGAGGACCACACGCCCAUGUGCGUUUCGUGGGCGCGCAGUGGGCUCUGUCAGCGGGACCAGCUGUUCAUGCUCCAAAACUGCCCCGUGUCUUGCAACCUCUGUUUAGACCCAGAAUGUCGGGACAAGAACCACAACUGCGCCGACUGGGCACGCCAAGGGAACUGUGUGUCGUACCCUCUGCAGAUGCUUCCUCUCUGCCCCCACUCCUGUGAUGCUUGUAUAAUCCCUAUUUGAGAUUAAGGAGUCUAUUUUUUUUUUUUUUUUUGUAUUUGGUGUGUGUUCAGGAUCGGUUUUUUUCUAUGUGUAAAGCAAGCGCUUGGUUUUAUUGAUUGGUGUUUGGUUACCUGGAAAAAAAAUAUAUAUAAAUUCCUGAAAAUCCGGUUUAUCUAUUAUUUUUGUGUGCAACUGAUUAUGCAGUUUCUCAGUCAGAAAUACAAACAAAAGUAUUGAAUUAGAUUAAUUUGUGAUCAUAACACCGUCUCUUUUCUACGUAAUUCACUAAUUUUAUCCAUUUAUACUGUGAUAAUUAUACGAUUUUUUAGUUAUA